AUGAGUGAUCGUGAUGUUCCAAGCGUCCCAAUAACCACACUCGCUGGUCUUACCAGCCUUUCGGAUUUGCUCAGUGAACUGCCCAUUUCGGAUUCAUUGUCGGUAUCAGUACCAUUGAACCGUCCGCUACUGUUUCAUCCUCGAGUGGCCGAAGAGGCGAAUAAUCUGCUAGCCACCCGAGAUGAUGCCCUUACAGCACAGCUGGUCACUGCGAUCGAGCAAACCAAUUCCGACAGCAUAGAGCUGAAAGAUCAAUAUCCGCAACCUGCUGCCCCCGCCAAUGGCGCCCUGAUUGAGGGGCCACCACUGCUGCAGGCAAUUCAUGCCUGCCGCCCAAAUGUCUUCAAGAGUCCUUAUAAUCCGCAAAUUCAUCAAAUGUUUAGUAGUGCAGUAGCGUUAGGAGUCGGAAAUCAGCAACAGUUGGUGGCACAGCAGCAAAAAAUAACUCCAACAUCACACACUCAAUUUUACAAUCUCCCCAACGAGAGCUAUUCCAAUCCAGUGCAACCACAGCAAACGUAUACGAAUCAGCAACAACCACCAAUCGAACAGUUGCAAACGGUGUUUCAAAACCAACAUGAUAUUCAGCAGCAACAAUUUCAACAAGCACAGCAAACGCUUCAACAUGUACAGCAGCAACAAUUACUGCAACAACAGCAGCUGUUGUCGCAACAAUCCCAGCUGGUAUCGCAGCAACCUCAGCUGCUGCAGCAGCAAUUUCAUUUCACUCACCCAAACCAUGUAGUCCCGACUCAGCAAACUAUAAUCAUACAAGGGCAGCCGGAAACUGGAGCCAGCUCCACUUUCCCCAAUCUUGCUUCUCAAGCGUCUUCCUCUGCUGUUUUGCUCGGCCAGCAGCAACAGGCGGGUGGGCCAGUGCACCAGCAAUUGAUUAACGUGCAAAAUGUUCCAUACUUAUCAAAUCCUUCAGAGAACAACCAACUGCAGCAGCAACAGCUCUUCCAGCAGCAGCAGCAGCAGCAGCAACUUCAAAACAAUCAAAAUGUGAUCGUGUCUCAUUCGUCAAACAUUGUGCAGUUGGAUCCGCAGCAGAGUGUAAUCCAGCCGUCUGCGCCAUACAGUUCUGCGGGUCAUGUGGUUGGUUCGUCGGCGGGAAUUGCCGCACCCAGUAGUAAUCAGUCGACAAUGUUGCAACAAAAUCACUUAACCCAGCACUCGAAUGUGAUAACUCAAACGAAUAAUAAUAUACACAGUGCCUCAAUUCAGCAGCACCAAUAUACGCAACAGCAGCAGCAACAACACCUUCCCAACCACAACCUUCUGCCGCAAGGUCAGCAGAUAUCGCAAUCUCAACAGCCGUUCCAGCAAUCUCAUUUGAACAAUGGCAGCCCGGUUGGGAUCGUCCCUGCUGGAAUGAAUCAUCACCAGCAACAGCAGCAACAGUAUAGCAAUGCUAGCAAUCUUGCCAAACUUCCGGAAACGGCCCCGAGGAACAACGAGUAUCUGCAGCAACAACAGAGCAAAAAUCUUGACGCUCGGGGGCGACCCUCUCCGGCGCAGGGUAGUACGGCACCGGAAACGGUACCGGUCCCAUCUCAGCAACCAACGCCAACCACGCUCAGUAUGCAACAGCACCAGAGUGGAGGCAUGAAGGGACCUCAGCAUGCGCAAACUGCUACCGCUGGUCAUCGUUAUCCUACGCCCCUGCUGACUCCGAAUAAACCAAGACCGCCAGGGGCAGGCGGUGGUCAACAAUCUGGCGUUAGCACCCCUGCCAUUCGUCCCAUUGGAAUCAGUGGAGCAUUGAUAAGCAAUGCGGCACCUGUGGCGGUGGCUCGUCCAACGGCACCACAAUCACAACCGGCCGGAGGAGCGUCCCAAUCGACCAGUGCAGUUGGCAGACAUCGACCGGGACCAAUUAAGCCCAAAAUUGAUCCCAAGGUCCUGUUUCGUUCCAUACCGAUGAGUGAAGUUUCGAGCGUAAAGCUGCGUAAGCUAUCCGUCUGCCUCGAUCGAUUGAACGACAAGCAGAUUCGGUUGCUACAAGAGGACAUUAAAAAGUUUGCCGCCGAAGAGCCUAAGCUGGCCGUCCGUAUGGGUCUGGUGAAAAAGACGUACGAUCAAAUUUUCAGCAAAAUGAAGGAGGAAUCGCGCGGCAGCUCGACCCUCAAGCGAAGGGCGCAGGAACGGGUGGAGGAAAAUCCGGAAGAUUACCUUAGCAAACCGAAAGUCCGUCGGGUGGAACGAUCGGCGGCACCGGUUGUGAAGAAACUCAGCAAGGAAGAACUAAUGGCCACCAGCACCUAUCAACGGUUCGUCUCGUUGAUGAACAAAAUCUUCGAUCAGCUCGACGAAACAGAAACACCAACGAUGGAGGAAGGCGACGAGCAGUACGAAUGCAUUCCUACGGGACUGCUGAACAGUAUCUGUGCCGAGGCGGCUAAACUUAAGGUGCGGAACGCAAUCGACGCCAUACCGGAGAACAAACUGACGCUGUUGAUCUCGUACGCAAUGCGAUCGAUCCAUUCGGCGAAAAACUUGAGUGGCUCCGAGCUACAGGACGAUCUGGUCGGGGAUGAGUGUAUCGAGAAGAUUCUCAACGCCGUCGAGGCGUCGCUGUUGAUCUGCCUGCUGUACACGAGCAAGAGCACGAAAUUUCUGCAGGAAGACAACAUCGACGCGAUAAUUAAAUUUGUGCAGUUUCAGCUCCGUGAGACCCUCUUUCCCUCGUACGAUCCGGUGUACUCGGUGGAGACGAAAAGGAAAGGAGCCGACAACAAGAAGAAAAAAGUGAUUACGUAUCAGCAGAAGGGAAUCUCGAUGCUUUAUACCAAGACUGUGGAGCUGUCGAAGCAGCUAGUGACCAUGUUCGAAUCGUUCCAUUUUGUUGAUACCAUCGUGAUUCAUGCGUCAUCGCUCGGAGUUGAGCCAUUCUUUGUGGACAACAUCGAAACGUUGCAGUUCGUGUGCCUCGAUCUGGUGACGACGAUUUUUCAGAAUGAAAAGUACGCACACCACCGGCGGAACAUCGUUUCGGACAUACUGACGUCGUUCGAUCGAUUACCACACUCGAAGCGUAAUCUACGACCUUACAAACUGGUCAACAACGGUGGUAACAUUCAGAUGAUGACGGCGCUGGUGUUGCAGCUAAUUCAAUCGUCUGUUAUUCUGCCCGAUACGUUCAGCCCCGAGGGUGGCGCAGGAGCAGCUGGAGGAAAACAGAGAGCCCUCAACGAUGCUGAAGAUGCAACGCAGGCCGGCGGGGCUGGUGCCAAAAGUACGGAUUUGUUCAUCUUCGGCAAAUACAACACGGCCCUCAGCAUCGGAGGCAACUUUCUGACGACCUUUCUCGACAAGUGCAAGAGCCGCUCGAACGAAACCGAUUUCCGUCCCCUGUUUGAGAAUUUCAUUCACGAUUUGCUCACUACGGUGAACAAACCGGAGUGGCCAGCAGCAGAGCUACUGCUCAGCCUGCUCGGUACGAUGCUAGUGAAGAAGAUGUCCGACAAAGGUGUGGAGCAGUCAAUACGAGUCGUUUCGCUCGAGUACCUCGGCAUCGUGGCUGCUCGUUUGCGGAAGGAUACCGUCGAGUCACGCUGCAAGGUGAACACCAUGGACACGCUGAUAAAGUACAUUAAAAUCGAGCAGGAGAAGGAAGGCGAUGAGCCUCUGAAUAACAGCAAAUUUCAGUUGGACGAGGAGGAAGAGCGUACGGAAUUUCUGCAGAAGAUCCUGCUGGACUUUCUCGCGGUCAAUGCGCAUGAGGGCCACGGUGUCUGGCAUCACGCACGUCAUUUCUACAUCACGCAGUGGUACCGGGAUAUGAUGCAGCGUAAAAAGAAAAUUGCCGAGGGCGAGAAAGGCUACGCAUCACGCAAGAAAGCUGCAUCGAAAAAACGUAAAAAGUAUCAAAGCGAUUCGGAUUCAGAUGGCGCUGACGAUUCGGAUGGUGGAGAUGAGGCAAACAUCCGCGAAGGACAAGUUGAUCAGGAGUUAAAUAGUGAAAUCUUCCGGAUGCUGGACACCCGGAAGCAAUACUAUCUUAGCCAAGUUUCGUCGUUCCUAAGAACCGGAAGCGUACGAUCUGGUGGUGGGCCAGCGGGAGGGAAGUACGAGAUCAAAACCUACAUCGACUAUAGCAACGCUAAUCUGAUCGCGCAAUAUCUGGCAAGCAAGCGGUCUUUCUCGCAGAGCUACGAUAAGUACCUACAGAAGAUCAUUCUCGUCGUACGGGAACCGGUCGUAGCCAUACGGACGCGCGCGAUGAAAUGUCUCGCCAACAUUGUGGAAGUGGAUCAGCUCGUUCUGGCCCGCAAAGACAUGCAGAUGGGCGUCCAACAGAAGCUGCUUGAUACGGCAAUUUCUGUGCGAGAAGCGGCCGUCGAUUUAGUGGGAAAGUACAUACUUUCCGAUCCCGAUCUUAUCGAUCAGUAUUACGAAAUGAUAUCGCAACGAAUACUGGAUACGGGCGUAUCGGUGCGAAAACGGGUGAUUAAAAUUCUACGAGAUAUCUGCAUAGAGUAUCCGGCGCAUGAUAAAAUACCGGAUAUCUGCGUCAAGAUGAUUCGACGAGUGAAUGACGAAGAAGGAAUCCAAAAGUUGGUUAUGGACGUAUUUAUGACGAUGUGGUUUACACCGUGCAAUGAUAACGAUAAGGCUGCAAUGGAUAGGAAAAUAACACAAAUUAUAGAUGUUGUCUGUUCGUCGCAUGAAACGGGAACGCAAGGUUUUGAUGCUCUAUUAAAGACGAUAUUUGAACCAAAAGAGAGUAAAGAGGAUUCAAAGCAGAAAAAAGAGAUUCCUAAAACGUUGAUCAAAGCCUGUCAGCAGAUCGUUGAUGGGUUGGUAGAGGCCACGAUGCGCCUAGAAGGUGCAGAAAACACGCGGCUCGUUGGAUGCAUCACGGCACUGCAUUUGUUUGCAAAAAUUCAACCUCAACUCCUGGUCAACCAUGCAAUGUCGCUGGAGCCUUAUCUGAACAUGCGAUGCCAGAAUCAGAUUAUCUCGAAGUUUAUAAGUUCGAUUGCAGAAAUUCUUGAGCAAGUUGUUCCGCUGAUGGAUCACCCAAGUGAAGUAUUCUUAGCUGAUCUCGAAUCGCAUCUCAUGAUGCUAAUCGUCACACAAAGCCGAACCAUUGUGCUUAGCUGUGUGUCUUGUUUGUCGACUGUUGUAAACAAAAUUACCAAGAACUACAAACUUAUUCGAGAUUGUUUUUCAAAACUUUAUUAUAAAGGCUUAGUUUGCAUCAAAGACAAGCUAGUAGCGGAACCGACAAUACCUAUCGAGCAGUUCUUUCGACCCCAGUUUAGGCGCAGCAUUUUCACCGUCGGGUUGAUCAUGCGGUACUUCGACUUUAGACUCCCGGAAGUGUACGGUGCCCCGCAAAGUGGCGAAGAUACCGGCAAUCAAGGCUCGACUCUACCAUCAAACAUUUGUGAAGAUGUAUUCGCCACAUUGGCAUUUUUCCUUUCCUGUGCACACAGUGAAAUUUGCAAGGAAGCCCUUACGUCUAUGGGCAACUUUUGCGUGAAGAACUACGAAUACUUGACCAAGGUCGAGCUGCGAGAUUACUAUAACUAUCUACUUACACAAGAUACCGUUCUGACGGAUAUGAAAAUCACGGUGCUGAAAAACAUUCUGAUGUAUUUAACUGAGGAAGAGAACAAGAUGGUGCGAAAUGAUAAAGAAUGGUCCAAACAAUCGCAGAUGGAGGAUCUGAAAGAGAUGGGCGACUUGUCGUCUGGUAUGGCGAGUCGUGUGAUACAGAUUUACCUGAAGGAGAUACUUCGCAGCUUUCUGCACCGGGACUGUGGUGUGCGGAGUUGGGCGAUGCGGGUUAUCGAGAUUGUCCUGCGGCAAGGCUUGGUCCAUCCAGUACAAAUAGUUCCUUAUCUCAUAUGCUUAAGUACAGAUCCGGAAAAAGAGGUGGCACAUAGUGCAGAUCGUCAUUUGCAGGAGAUUGAUAAGCAGUAUCCGGGCUUUGUAAAUAUGAAGUCUCAUGCCGGUAUGCAGCUGUCGUUCGAGUUGCAAGAGAUGUUACAACGGCGUAACGAGAACAGCAUCGUGCGUGGUUUCCGUAUAAAGGAUCCGCAGGAACCGCCGGCGGCGAUGAAUGGGUUCCUCUACACACUGCUUCGUGGUACUAAACCGCAGCGACGUGCUUUAAUCCAGUCUAUGACCAAGCAGUUUGACGACGGAAAAAGCAGUCUACGGCACAUGCUGUAUCUUGCCGACAAUCUAGCCUAUUUCCCGUAUGUGGUGCAGGAUGAGCCGUUGUAUAUUAUCCAUCACAUUGAAAUGGCCAUUUCCGUUAACGGAACGAACUUGUUGGCCUCGUUCCGCGAAGGCUUGAAGCCAUUGCCCGCAACUGAAUCGAAUGCUGAACAGAAAGCACAAAAUCCUCUCGAAGAUGACGACGACGAUGAUCAGGAAGCUAUACUGAAUCGACUUCCCGAUGACAUUUCUGACUUAGAAAGCUGUAUUCAAUCAGCCCAAGGCUGUAUGCUUCUCUUAAUACUCAAGCAGCAUCUCAAGGAUAUUUACGGUAUCACAGACAGCAAAAUCUCACGCUACUCUCCAUCAGAAGCUGGCAAAAUUUACGACAAGGCAAUGCAACGAAGAUCCAACUCGAUAUUCGAUCCUAAGGCGACGAUAGCAAUCCUCAAGGAAAAUCUAGCCAACAGUAACACCAAGAGUGAACAAAACCGAAUCCAGCUGACGCAACGCUACUUGGACUUCAAGCAACUAAUGCUGAAGCUAGAUCCGGAUGAUCCGGAUCUACAGGAUGAAGACGAAAAGCCUAAUACCACGAAUGUGACCCCAGUCAAACAAAAUCCUAUUGCAUCUGCAUCCGGAAACUCUGCAGUGCAAAGUGCCGAUGCACAACAUAAUCAUGCUUUAGAUGGAACAAGCAAUAAUAUUCACGUUAACAACGUGCAUAACGCCGGCAUGCCACCGGCGAUGCAGCAGAACGAUUAUAGUAGUCGUUCUAGCUACCAUGGUGUCAGCAGUGUACCAAAGACACCGAAAUCAUCAUCGAACCGGCAAGCUACGGCAACAUCGCGCAAAUCUGCCGUUUCGUCCCGGAGCGCCAAGAAGAGAAAACAAAAGAUAUCCAGCUCCGAGGAGGAGGAAAGUGAUGCUAGCGAGGGUGAUUACGAUUAA